AUGCCCGACUCCACUUCAGCGACCUUCAAGCCUACCCUCAUUCUGCACGGCGGCGCAGGCAACAUCCAUCGCGCGACGCUCCCUCCCGACCUCUACGCUCAAUACCAUGCCUCCCUCCUCUCCUACCUCCGCUCAACGAAAGAUCUCUUGAACAGCGGCGCCAGCGCCCUAGACGCAGCCGUCCACGCCGUUUCCUUGAUGGAGGAUGACGAGCUCUUCAACUGCGGGCGCGGCAGCGUGUUCACUUCGGCGGGGACAAUCGAAAUGGAAGCAUCCGUGAUGGUCACAACAGUCAACGGAGCCACCGACGACGAGACGCCAGGAUCCAUCAAACGAGGUGCAGGCGUGAUGGGGCUAAAGAACGUGCGGCACCCGAUCCAGCUCGCGAGAGAGUGUCUCCUCCGAACGGGCUACGAUGCCCACGGCGACCCAAACGGCGACGGGGGGAACAUGCACUCGCAGCUCGUGGCGCCGUACGUGGAGGAACUAGCUCGGGCGUGGGGGGUGGAGUUCAAACCGGACGAGUGGUUCUGGACCAAGAGGCGGUGGGAGGAACAUCGGCGCGGGCUGAAGGGGGAGGAGGAGUCCGUGUCCAUGAGCCAGGGGACGGUCGGGUGCGUUUGCCUCGACCGGUGGGGCAAUCUGGCUGUUGCGACGAGUACGGGCGGGAUGACGAAUAAGGUUCCCGGGCGGAUUGGGGAUACGCCUACGCUCGGGGCGGGGUUUUGGGCUGAGGCGUGGGAGGAGGUGUUGGGCGAGGGCAUGGUAUACCGGUCGUCGAACCCGCGCGAUGCGGAUACUUAUUCUGAAACUGCGUCCAUUGGGCGGAUGGCGGGUGCGGCGAUAGCCGAGUGCAUGCCGCCGUUUAUGAACAGAUUACUGUCGCCGUAUACGCGGUUACCCAGUCUGGACAUUCAUUCGCAAGGAGUGCACGGCUCCGAGAAGCAGGCACUCCUCUACCAAGGAUCUAUACCGCGUCGUGUCAGACGACGAGCUGUUGCGCUAUCAGGGACCGGAAACGGGGACUCCUUCCUCCGCGUUGCUGCGGCUCGCACCGCUUGUGCUAUGCUUCGGUACUCCCAAUCGUCGUUCCCUCGUACUCUCGCGGAAGCUGUCAGUGCCGUAGCCGGACCGGAUGGAGAACUUCAGCGUUCCGCGGGCCGGAGAUGGAGCAAAACCGGGGAAGGUGCUGGGGGCGUCAUUGGGAUCGAGGCCGAGAUGGUGGUAGAUGCUACUGGCAACGGUUUGCACGGGGAUCAGAAGAAGGGGCUAAGUCGGGGCAAGGUGGUGUUUGAUUUCAAUUGCGGGGGGAUGUGGCGAGCGUGGGUGGAGGAAGAUGCUACCGGGAAGGAGGUUGAGAGGGUAAUGGUUUUCAAGGAGGAAUACCAGUAG